AUGACGGGCCGAACACCUCCUGCCGUCUUCAACUCCUCCCCUGCGCCAAUCGACCAAGACUGGGUCGACUCUGAACUGAUUCCCUUCCUUCAGCGGGUCUACCCAGAGGAGCGCAGGACUACAAUGGACUGGAACCGCCAGGUCGUUUUCGGAAGGUCGAACCUGCAUCUUCUCGAACACUACGAAGACUUCCCGUUCACAAUUGAGCGUCUCCGCCUUUGCCUCCUAAACUCAGAACUCUUGACACCGGCGGAAAUGUCAAAGUUCAUAGCCGUCACCGAGCAAGGCAGCCAGUACUGCCUCCGUAUCUUUGUCCGCCACGCCAUUGUCCACGGGUCGUACAUGCUGUAUUCCCUGGGAGACAACCCGAGUCCGGAGUUCCCUCGAGCAGGACAUACUAGUACUAGGCCGUCCACCGCAUCUCCAGCUGAAGCUGCGCCAGCGCGUGCUACUUCUGUUGCAGUGCUUGAAGCAAGGAAUGCAACACUGGAGAGGGAACUGGCCAGCCUUCAGGCUGAGCGUGGCCGUGGAAAUGGUCGCGGAAAUGGUCGUGGAAACGGUCGUGGAAGGGGUCAGCCUUCACAGCCUCGAGGUGGCUUCGUUGGACGUUCGGAUGGUGGCGGUCGUUUCAACCAAGGACCAAAUGUUCCUCCGAACAUGCAACAGACGCCGUCCCAGUUCGCUUCAAACCCACCUCCAGGAAUGUAUCCCUACCCAGCUUAUCAGUAUGGGUAUGGUGGUGGUCCUUACAUGGCUGCGCCGACUAUGGGUGGUUAUCCCAUGCAGCCCUACCAACAGCAGCCAUUCACCAACCCCGGACAGCAGUAUGGUGGUGGCUGGACUGGCAGUCAAAUGAUGUAUAGUGCCCACCAAGACUACUCUUCGCAGACUGGAGCAAGCAGCGGUUUCGCGAUGCCGUCACAGCAAGGUGGCAACCCGUAUCAUCAAGGACAACCGACUCAGCGCGGUCGUGGCUCUUCAGGUAGUCAACAAGGUCAAGACCCAGCACCAACUCAAGGUCUUCCAGCACGUCCUCAUCAACCACCUUCAGGAUCAGGUGCGAGCACUCAUGUGCCUCGCCCUGACGCGGAAGAGUUCUAUCCAGGUUCGGAUACCCACCAGAUCAAUUCUACAACACCCAUGUCACUGACCACCAGCAGGAUCCAGAAAUGGCUACAACUGAUUCGGGACGGCUGA